UACAGUGCUAUAAACAGUCAUGCCAGCUCAGCCGGCUGCCAGAGAACCAGAGGAGGAGAUGGAGACAGAGGCCGACCCGGAGGUUCCUCAAACUAAUGGCGAGAUGGAAGAGGAGCGAGAUGGAGGAGAGGCAGAGGAGACAAUGGAGGAGAGUGGAGAGGAGCGGGACAGCGACCUGGAGGAGAGUGAGCCAGAGGAGGAAGAGGAGGAAGAGGAAGAAAGUUCAGAAAUGGAUGACGAAGAUUGUGAGAGAAGACGAUUACAGUGCCUAGAUGAAAUGUCUGACCUGGAAAAACAGUUCAUGGAGUUAAAAGACAAGCUUUUUCAAGAACGUCUGAACCAGGUUAAAAUGAAGCUGGACGAGGUUUUGACAGGAAAGGCAGGAGAGUACAGAGAACCCUUGGCAACACUGCAGCACAACCUACAGCAGAGAACACAAGUGGCAGGUGUGUUCAGAGAACUUUGUCUGCAAGUGGUCAGACACAAACAUGAAUGUGAAGUGCAGGGGGCCAGACAACAUCUAGAGAGUGAGAGGACACUCUUGUUCGAUGCCAUGAAAACAGAACUGUUGGAGAAGAUCCGCAGACUGGAGGAGGACAAACAGAGCGUAGACAUCACCUCAGAGUGGUUGAAUGAUGAAGUGAGGAUGAAGAAAUGUAAGAGAAGGAGUCUCCUGAUUCGCCCAGACGGGAAGAAGAAGGCAGCUCUUGUGUCAGGGCCAUACAUAGUGUAUAUGCUAAGAGACAUUGACAUUCUAGAGGACUGGGCGGCCAUCAAGAAGGCAAAAGCGGCACUGAUGCCUACGAAGAAGAAAGCAGACAACAGGCAGGUGCCCGUGCGAUGUGAAGGUGGGGAUCUCUUCUAUGAUGGAGAGAGAUUCUCCAAAGGCAGCAGUGUCGUUCUAGAAGUCAAUGACGACAGCCCGGCACAGGCCAUGAUAACAGGGAUCAGCACAGGAGAGGUCUGGUUCAAGCGCACAGAUGGCACCAAAACCAAAAUCUACAUCUCCCAGCUUCAGAAAGGUUUUUUUGGCCUAGUUACAUGUUCUGAGCUCCCCAUCAUUCAUAUGUGCGGUGGGGUGGAGAGGCAGAGCAGAGCGUACAGAGACACUCCAGCGAGCGGAGCGGAGAAGAGAGAGCAGGCUUGACGGAGUGAAAACAAAGCCUGGGUGACGGUACCG